AGAUGGCGGCUGUAUCCGAGGUGUGAGUGGACCCGGGUCUCUGCAGCUGGAUUUUUCUCUUUCUUCUUCUUCCCUUUCCUUCCCUGUUUGAGAUUGGCAUCAAGGGGGUCGAAUUCGGUUGGCAGCGCUGGGCGCAACGCAGGGGUCACGGCGACGGCGGCUGACGGCUGGAAGAACAGGCUUCCUUCGCCGCUCGUCCUCCUUCCCCGGUCCGCUCGGUGUCAGGCGCGGCGGCGGCGGCGGCGCGGCGGGCGGACUUCGUCUUCACUCCUGCUCCCCCCUGCGCCCGAGAGGGCACUGUUCCUUUCGCCGUCCACCGACCCUUCACCCCGGGGACUGGGUGCAUCCCCUGGCGCACCUCAGGGAGCGGAGGCCGGUCUCCUGCUUGGCUGUCGCGCCUCCAUGUCGGAUAACCAGAGCUGGAACUCGUCGGGCUCAGAGGAGGAUCCGGAGACGGAGUCCGGGCCGCCUGUGGAGCGCUGCGGGGUCCUCAGCAAGUGGACAAACUACAUUCAUGGUUGGCAGGAUCGUUGGGUAGUUUUGAAAAAUAAUACUCUGAGUUAUUACAAAUCUGAAGAUGAAACAGAAUAUGGCUGCAGAGGAUCCAUCUGUCUUAGCAAAGCUGUCAUCACGCCUCAUGAUUUUGAUGAAUGUCGAUUUGAUAUUAGUGUGAAUGACAGUGUUUGGUAUCUUCGUGCUCAGGAUCCAGAUCACAGACAGCAGUGGAUAGAUGCCAUUGAACAGCACAAGACUGAAUCUGGAUAUGGCUCUGAAUCCAGCCUGCGACGACAUGGCUCAAUGGUGUCACUGGUUUCUGGAGCAAGUGGCUAUUCUGCGACAUCUACUUCUUCAUUCAAGAAGGGCCACAGUUUACGUGAGAAAUUGGCUGAAAUGGAAACUUUUAGAGACAUCCUAUGUAGACAAGUUGAUACUCUACAGAAGUACUUUGAUGCCUGUGCUGAUGCUGUCUCCAAGGAUGAACUUCAAAGGGAUAAAGUUGUAGAAGAUGAUGAAGAUGACUUUCCAACUACACGUUCUGAUGGCGAUUUCUUGCAUAAUACCAAUGGCAAUAAGGAAAAGUUAUUUCCUCAUGUAACACCAAAAGGGAUUAAUGGUAUAGACUUUAAAGGGGAAGCGAUAACUUUUAAAGCAACUACUGCUGGAAUCCUUGCUACACUUUCUCACUGUAUUGAACUAAUGGUAAAACGUGAGGACAGCUGGCAAAAGAGACUGGAUAAGGAAAUUGAGAAGAGAAGAAGAAUAGAGGAAGCAUACAAAAAUGCCAUGACAGAAUUGAAGAAAAAGUCCCACUUUGGAGGACCAGACUAUGAGGAAGGCCCAAAUAGUCUGAUUAAUGAAGAAGAGUUCUUUGAUGCUGUUGAAGCUGCUCUUGACAGACAAGAUAAAAUAGAAGAACAGUCACAGAGUGAAAAGGUUAGGUUGCAUUGGCCUACAUCUUUGCCAUCUGGAGAUGCCUUUUCUUCUGUGGGGACUCACAGAUUUGUCCAAAAGCCCUAUAGUCGCUCUUCCUCCAUGUCUUCCAUUGAUCUUGUCAGUGCCUCUGAUGAUGUUCACAGAUUCAGCUCCCAGGUUGAAGAGAUGGUACAGAACCACAUGACUUAUUCAUUACAGGAUGUAGGUGGAGAUGCCAAUUGGCAGUUGGUGGUAGAAGAAGGAGAAAUGAAGGUAUACAGAAGAGAAGUAGAAGAAAAUGGAAUUGUUCUGGAUCCUUUGAAAGCUACCCAUGCAGUUAAAGGUGUCACAGGACAUGAGGUCUGCAAUUACUUCUGGAAUGUUGAUGUUCGCAAUGACUGGGAAACAACUAUAGAGAACUUUCACGUGGUGGAAACAUUAGCUGAUAAUGCAAUCAUCAUUUAUCAAACACACAAGAGAGUGUGGCCUGCUUCUCAGAGAGAUGUUUUAUAUCUUUCUGCCAUUAGAAAGAUACCAGCCUUGACUGAAAAUGACCCUGAAACAUGGAUAGUUUGUAAUUUUUCUGUGGAUCAUGACAGUGCUCCUCUAAACAAUCGAUGUGUCCGUGCCAAAAUAAAUAUUGCCAUGAUAUGUCAAACCUUGGUAAGCCCACCAGAGGGAAACCAGGAGAUUAGCAGAGACAACAUUCUAUGCAAGAUUACAUAUGUAGCUAAUGUGAACCCUGGAGGAUGGGCACCCGCCUCAGUGUUAAGGGCAGUGGCAAAGCGAGAAUAUCCCAAGUUUCUAAAACGUUUUACUUCUUAUGUCCAAGAAAAAACUGCAGGAAAACCUAUAUUAUUCUAGUAUUAACAGGUACUGGAAGAUAUAUUUUAUCUUUUUUUAAACUUUGAUUAGUCUGAUGACAGAUACUAAAAUAUAGUU